AUGGCCCAUGAAUCGCAUUCCCAGGACGCGCAAGAUAUGGCGACGGGCAAAGAAUAUGGAGUAAACUUCGCAGUCGCGGGUGGGCCGGAAGGUUUGAUACACUCUCCUCUUCACGAGUCUAUCACUCUGGCUGCACUGGUCAGUACAGGAUACAACGUCGCGCCAGGUACUACCCUGGAGAGUGCCAGCAAUGCUGAUUGGGAGUACAUUCGGGGAGUCGUGUGGAACGACGAUCCCGCUUGUCUACUCUUUGACGACUACGCAGACGCCAAUCACACCUACUCGACAGGAAUCACGUGGGGUUACUAUUACAAGGCAGGAGAAUCCGAAUGGAAAAAAGACAAAUCCGACAAGAUGCAAAACCCAACUGGGCGCUCCCACUACGGCGACCUUCAGUUCCUACACUGUAUGGCUUCUAAUUUUGGAGAGAAGCCGGAGGAGACGAAAGCAAAACUGAUAAAAUGGCUCAGCGUCCUGUGGAAACUCGCCAAUGGAGAGGAAGGCAUUACACCAGAUACAAUCAUCAGCAAGACCGAUAUGGCCGAGUUUUGUCCUAACUUCUCGCUGCCUGCCAACUGGGGAACGCUGCGCUAUCUGCUAUCUGGUGAAUCGGCGUUUGAAGCCUUGGAUAUACCACGGCGAGCUCUCGGUAGCAUGUUCCAUAUCAUACAAGAUUCCUACGCUCUAGGGCACACGAGACGCAAGCUGCUGAAUCCUGAAGCGAAGAUCUCCGAUGAUCCUCUCCAAUUUCAGCCCGGUGUCGUCGACAGAUGGGGCCCAAUCGAGAACUUCCACGUCUACAAUGGACAAGACGACCACCAUCACGAACUGUACGAUCACGCCGAUACCCCCAUCCCCGAUCCGACAAACCUGGCCAACCUGGACCAGUUUAACAGCAUGAUUGGCUGCCGUGAUGCCGUCGAGAAGUGUCGUGAACUGAUCGAGCUCAAGAAGGCGGGCAAGACAUGGGAAACAGGGGUGAAAACAUACUUGGAUGAAGUCGUGUUUCCCCUCUCACAGGACGCCACGGAUGCAGAUACGCGAGUGUGGCCUUAG